AUGCAGUUCGUUCAAAAAAUCGGUGUUGUGGCUUUGGCUGUCAGCCUUGUAGGCGCUGCGGCCUUGCCUGUGGCGGGCGAUGAUGUUGACCAUUCUACCGAUGGAGGUAUCAUCAAGAAAAGCGAUGAUGUCUACCACUCCACGGACGGCGGCAUCAUCAAGAAGAGUGACGAUGUCUAUCACUCAACUGAGGGCGGUAUCAUCAAGAAGAGCGACGACGUUUACCAUUCCACCGACGGCGGAAUCAUCAAGAAGUCUGACGACGUUUACCACUCCACCGACGGCGGAAUCAUCAAGAAGUCUGACGAUGUGUAUCACUCCACAGACGGAGGCAUCAUCAAGAAAUCGGACGACGUCUACCGGUCCGAGGGCGGCAUUAUCAUUUGA